CUGCAAAAAAGAAUCUUCUGACCAACUAUUUUUGUAUCGCUUCCCUUGAAGCUAAGCAAAAAUUCAGAGUCCCACGGAUCACCCCUAUUGAUUCAAAUGCAGAUGGAUCAUCUACUGCAUUGCUGGACCGUCAGAUGGAAGCUGAUUCGAGUGAACUAAGGAGCUCAUCAGUUCAUCUAGAGGAAAACAAUGUGGAUGGUACUACUGCAACAAGGGAUUGCCAUUUGGAGUCAACUGGUUAUGGACAUCAUGAGAAAAAAGGAUUGAGAGAUGGUCAAGGAAUGCAGCGGACUCCAUUUCAACAUUCCAUCUGCAAACCUUGUGUUCUGUUGCAUAAGAACCGAGUUUCCAAAAACAAGACCGUAAUGGAGAAUGGGAAAGUAGUUGUAAGAAGUUCAUAUUUUUUGCCUAAGGAGAUUGGGAAGGAAAAUAUUCAGGAAAAUGGAAACGAACUGGACGAGUCUGCCACUGAAAAAUCCAAUACCAUUUCCUCUGCUGAAGAAUGCCCUUCAGCUUCAGAGGCAAUUGAAGGGGAAAUGAACACAGUUUGUCCGAAAACCACACUGAGUUUCAAGUUUCAUCAUAGUUCUGCUGACGAAAAUGAUGAAAGUGAAAUGAAACCAGAAAACAAGAGAGGCAUUAUCAGAAGCUCAUAUUUUCAGCAUCAGAACCCAUUAAACAGAAACAGUCCAACCGAAGAACAUGGAGAUCCUUUACCAGAAGAAGAUGCCAUUUCUUCCGAGAUUGAUGAAAGAAAGAUGCCUGAGAACCCCCUUCACUAUAAUAAACCAAAACUGGGGAAGCGAAAAGUUACAUUCAGCAAUGCCAUUCAAAAAGACACUGUAAAAGCUAGUCGUCGUAUCUUUACUGAUUCUUCUCCAAACAGUCUAAGUAAGAGUAAUUCUGAAGAUGAUGACAAUGUUUCUGCCAAUGAAGUGAAUGUUGAGGAUGAGAAGUUUGGUUCUAACCUAUCUCAUUUGGGAAAUUACUGUCAAAUAUCCAAAAAAUCAAUGGAGAGAUUUGUUUCCGUGAUAUCUUCUUUUGCAUUCACCUCAAAUGGUUCUCGUGCCAGCGGUCUUCGUGCCCCAUUGAAAGAUAUCAAGAAUGCAAGCAGAAACGGGGCACCAAGGGAAAUGGAUCUCAACAGAUUUGUGUAUCUGCCAAGUCCUAAUCGGGGGAGACAUUCAUCACGCCGUAGAAUCUAAGACUGAUGCCAAUGUGUGUGUUUGGAAGACUUGAACGGGGGGGUGAGCUAAGGCCUUCCCGGGAUAGUAAAUAUCAAAGGGCCAUUAAAAGACUUAAUCACCCGGAAGAGGGGGCCCUGGAAGAAGGGUGCAUUUUGGGCCUUGGAGAGGGCUCGAAACCAUCCGACAUGGUUAAUUCUCCAAUGUUGACCUGGCCCGGCCAGCAGCAUUAUCUUAUUGGAAGACUGAGACACAGGCCUGGCCUGGCACGCUGGUUACUACACCGGUCUUGCUCAGUAUAAUAAAGAAAAUAUGUGACCCAGUCAAACUGGUACACUGGUCUCACACCGGUCUCACACAUAUUUUCCAAUAAGCCUGAGCCCAAUCGAAUUGGGUACACCGAUUGUACACCGGUUUCAGCAAAAAAGUGAGCCGAGCUCAUAUCGGGGACGCCCAAUUCAUUUAAGCCCUCUAUUCGAGGCACUUUGAUCGAAGAUGGUCUCCGCGAGACAUGAAGAUAUUUACAUCAGUCAGCCGGGCUAACGCUGAUCUUCAACAAAGCUACUGCAUCGGAUUCAAUUCUUAUUAACUAAAGUCAAUGUCGUCUGUAUACUAAUUUCGUCAUGCAUCGUAUACUUAGUUCGUACUAACAUCGGUCUCAACGAAAUAACUACUUGAAGCACCGCCGCUUCAUCGUACUAACUCCGGUGUCGUAUAACUACUCGAAGCAUCGCUGCUUUAUCGAACUGACAUCACUCUAGUUACAAUAAUUAUUCGCGCGAAGUUUAAUCACUCUAACACCGAGCUCUUCGGUAAAGAUAAUAAUUAUUUGAGCACGGCAUAGGCCGGUCAAAAAAAAAUGUUGUACAUAUUAUUUUUACAGGAAAACCUUCUGAUUCAAGAAAUUGGAGAACUAAUGAAGACUCGGAGGACUAGCAACAAUAUCAACUGGUCAAGAAUCCAAAGUACGAAGAUUGAAGAUAGCACUCGGAGGACUUGUUUACUUUUUCAAGUUGAUGAUUCUCACAACUUAAAAAAGUGGAGGACUUAUUGAUGGGAAAUAAUACGUGGCACGGCCCACAUUUCCCAAUUAUUUUACGAAGAACAGUCAAACCGGGACUGUUUAAUAAAAUAGAGGAAUAAGA